AUGCUCCGAAUCCUACAUGAGUCUGAAUCAGUGCAGUUUUUAAUUCAAAUCAGUAUUAUCGACAUGGGCGGGGCUAGCAAGGAUCGGAUGCGGACACGCCCACACUGUGCAGAAGCCAACGAAUAUUUAACACAUAAGCUAACAUACACAUUAAUAGACAGAUACAAGCCAAUUUUAGGGCCACGUGUGCAGAGAGACACCCAGCUAAAAAUGAUACCCGAAAGAGCCAUAAUUUUGCAGAGAUAUGGAGCAGACUACGCCCGUGCUCUUUCUUGUAUUUUUAGGUCACCGGGAACUAUAUUUAGGAAGAGGUACACCGCCUUGCAGUAUGACACGGAAACAUUACAAAUGCAUUAUCGCUCUUAUAGCCUUACCCCUUCUCCUUCGGCCAAUCAGAAACCGUCUUCUCUUUGUUUACAUUCUCUCUCAGCCAACCAGAAUCUCGUUCAAUUCCGGCAUGCGAUCUUGCCAGCGACGAAUCAGAAUCCUCUUUUUUCUUUGUUUACAUCCACUGUGAACCAAUCAGAACCCUGCAUAAGAGCGGCGUGCGAAACUCCUCCUAGUUUCCGAACGGCGGAAUUUAUUGACGUAUCGUCUGCUUGGAGGAGAACGAAAGAGCCAGCUAAAAAUGUGAAAAGGGAGAUAAAAAAGAGAGUACAAAAGGGAAAUUCAAGAGGGAGAUUGAUUUUGAUUUACUUAGCAAUGGCGUCGAAACCCCAGCUGGUCCUUUUGGGUUACGUAGACGAGCAAAUCACGUCCAAAUAUCAGCAAGUUGUGAAUUUUACCACGAGUAAAAUCGGUGGUGCUCCUGAUUGGUGUAUAAGUGGUUCAUCAAUUCCAAUAUGCAAGAGAUGUGGGAGAAGACAGUCUUUAGUGAUUCAAAUCUAUUGCCCGUUGGAAGGGAGCCCAUACCAUCGCACACUCUUCAUCUUUGCUUGUGUUACGCAGGAGUGCUGGAACCGUCCCCAUAGCUGGACCUGUCUAAGAAGCCAGAUCCCAGAUCCCACUUCAUCCAAGACGUCCCUCCCUAGCACCAAGGCCGUUCCCCCCCAGUCAGCGGGAGGGGAGACUUGGUUUGAGGAUGACGAUGACUGGGGUAGUAAUGACAAUGAUGGCAAUGGCAACGCGGACAACUAUAACUUCGCCUCAUCAUCGCAGCUGUACCUGGACAAUAUGGCCAAGAAGCCUGAUGGCAUGAGCAACCUAAAUAACAUGAACUCCAACACAUCAUCAAUCACCGAGGUUGCGCAGAGCAUGGAGAGUAAGCUGAACAUUAUCGAGGGGGAUGCCAAUGCUAAUGAGGCCCUGUGUGGUGCUGUGGGUAUUGUUGGGUGUGGUGGAGAAGGAGUAGAGGCUUCGGCUGUGAUUGAAGGCUCCGAAGAGGACAUGAUUGCAGUGGACACACCCGAGCAACCGACGACUGACAUCCCAGCUCUGUUUCAGGAAGCAGCCCAGAUAGAUGCCAAUGCAGAUGUGACUUUCAUUCCCUACUUCCUGUCAAGUGAAAUAGAACCACCAGAAGAUGUAUCAUUUACAGACCAUGAGAGAGAACUUUUGGUGCGCUACACUCAUAGCACAGGACAUGACUUCAGAGAGGAGGAAAAUGCAGGCGGAGGUGAGGGGAAGGGAGAUGGUGUUUACGAGAAGGAUGUAGCCAUCCAUGGAGAUGUACUACUUCACAAGUUCAAAAAAAGGAUCUCGCGCAGUCCACAGCAAGUGAUGAGGUAUUGUCGAGAGGAAGGUGCGUCCCCGCUCUGGUUGCGUCCCCCAGGAGCCAGUGAUGUGGCAACCAAGUGCCAACACUGUGGAGGCAGCAUGGUCUUUGAACUGCAGCUGACACCACAGAUGAUCAUCCAUCUGCGAGUUUCAGGAGUCCAGGGUACACCUUUAGAGUUUGGAACUGUGACGGUGUUUACUUGUUUAGCGUCUUGUUGGUCGGAUAAAGACACAGUUAGACAAGAAGCAAUAGUUGUCCAAAGUGAAGUCAUUUAAGUAACCAUUUUUAGACACAAGUCCAAAGAGAAAGUUCAUCACAACAUAUGGAAUAAUAGAUGCUUGCCCCAAAACAUGUUUAUUAGGAUUUUUUUUAUUUAUUUUGUUUGUUACCUUGUUUUUUUCCUUAUAUAUUUAAGUCCUGAAUGUGUUGAGCAACACAUUUAGAUUACAUAACUGAAUAAGGUAGGAAAAGUAAAAUGGAGGAAGAUUUGAGUAAACACAGCAAUUUCAUUACAUUAAAUAAUAUGUUUUACUUUUUAUUUAACGGCAAUAAAUAUGAAAGGCUAGUCUCCUAUCAAAUUAAGAAUUUCCAUUUGAUGUUGUAAACUGUGAGCAAAUGCUGUGAUUAGCAUUGUUUGUAAAGUCUAACCACUAUAAUUAGGGGAAUAUGAUGGUAAAAUUGAUGACAUAAUUGAAGAUAUAUGCCAAAUAGGUUUAAUCUUAUGAUUUUGUUGGUGAGAUGAGGACUUCCAGUAGAGAAAUAUGUUAAGAAAUAACAUUUCUCUUAGCAGUUGAAAGAAUAAAGGAAAAUAGUUCAUAUAAUUCAUGUUUUGUAGAACUUUUGGGGCAGCAGUUUUUUUGUUAACAUCUAAGUUAAUAAAUAUUUAUUUUUUG